UAAUCAAUAAGCCUGUCUGUGUGCAGGACUAUAAAAGAGGAUCUCGGGAGGAGAGGCAGCACAGUUUGUUGGACAGCCUGAGAAAGAUAGUUCAACACACAGCCGAAUCCUACCUGCUCCCUGCCUCUCUGAACCCCAGAUCCAGAGACAGAAUGGACUACUCCAAGUUUGCUCUGUUGGUGGUACUGCUCUCCUAUGUGGAAAGGUGCUGGUCAGCAUCCUGUGUGGUAGACAGCUUCAAUGUCAAGCAGGACUUUGACCCCAAGAGAUAUGCUGGGAAGUGGUACGCCCUGCAGAAGAAAGACCCGGAAGGCCUCUUCCUCCAGGACAACAUCUCUGCCGAGUACACCAUCGACGAUGACGGCACCAUGACCGCCUCGUCCAAAGGCCGCGUCACGCUUUUCGGGUUCUGGGUUGUGUGUGCUGACAUGGCUGCCCAGUACACAGUACCUGACCCAACAACCCCCGGCAAGAUGUUCAUGACCUACCAGGGCUUGGCCAGCUACCUGUCCAGUGGAGGCGACAACUACUGGGUGAUUGACACCGACUACGACAACUAUGCCAUCACCUAUGCCUGCCGCACCCUGAAGGAGGAUGGCUCCUGCGAUGACGGCUACUCCCUGAUCUUCUCCCGCAACCCCCGCGGCCUGCCCCCCGCCAUCCAGCGCAUCGUUCGCCAGAAGCAGGAGGAGAUCUGCAUGGCCGGCCAGUUCGAGCCUGUGCUGCAGUCCGGUGCUUGCUAGACCGUGCAGGGACCAUCAGAAGGAUUCCUUUAGCAUGCGGGCAUGAGAAGAGGCAUCCAAAACACGCUGGUAGCAAUGUCGUAGUGAUGCGUAGAGCAGACCGUUCUACCCAGGGAAGUAAGCCGACAUUUUGCCCAUUCAAGAGAACAGAUGUGUUGUACCAGAUCUAUGAGACAAUAAACAUUUUUUUAAACAAA